CGCCCCCCCAAAACCCCUGGAUCAGGACGCAUCACUGGCUCGAAGUCUCUAGUACCUCCCAAAGUUUUCCCAGCUCCAACUUUUGUCAACUUUGUGACAACUAGGGAUAAGUAACGGCCGGGUUUCUCUCCGUGUGAGCGCCGCCUGUGUUUCCUGGAUUGGGAUCGGAUAUCGUUUUUGUGAAAAGAAGAAAAGCCAUGUCUUCGCCGGAGGACUGGAGAGACGGGUUUCCCACAGUCGAGGCUGAACAGCCACCGCGACUGAGGAGGUGCGGGGCGCAGGUGUCGCGUCUGCCCUUCAGCGUGGAGGCGCUCAUGUCGGACAGGAAGCCGUCGGACAGAGCCAAGAGACAUGACGCUUUGAGUGAACAUCAGGAGAUCGGGCCUGAGUUCCGCCAGCACCUAGUAUCUGUCAAAAGCGAACCCUCGGAGGCAGGGGACGGUGCGUCUUGGAUUUCCAGCUCCAUGAAGAUGUCCUCGCCACCCCGGCAGCUCAGUCCACCAGUUUGCUCCUUGAGGAAGCACAAAACCAACCGCAAGCCUCGCACUCCCUUCACCACCACGCAGCUCCUGGCACUGGAGAGGAAGUUUCGUCAGAAGCAGUACCUGUCCAUCGCAGAGCGGGCCGAGUUUUCCUCCUCACUAUCGUUGUCUGAGACCCAGGUCAAGAUCUGGUUCCAGAACCGACGAGCGAAGGCCAAGAGGCUUCAGGAGGCCGAGGUGGAGAAACUCAAAAUGGCAGCUGGUGUUGGACACAAGACUGUGCUGCACCCAGGCUUCUCGUCUUUAACCUUCCCCCUCAGUGUUAACAUGCAGGCCGGUUCAGCAGCGCUCUACGGACUGGGCUGCUCGUACAGCUGCAGCCCCGUCCUCCCUGCUGCACAUCUGGCCUUGUACACCCCACAGGUCGGAUACAGACUUUUCCACCUCUCCUGAAGGCGAGCUGCAUUAUUCAAACAAAAUGUUGUGGAUAUUUAUGGAGCUAAAUGAGCAUGCAUCACGCCAUACACCACUCGUGUGCAAAUGAUCUGAACUGGAGCUGAGGCUCUUAAACAAGGACAUUAUAUAAAUGUCCUUACACUUGAUAAGACAGACUAUGGAUGGACGAGGAAACAGCACCCAACAUUCUUUCUUUGACGUUUGUCAGGGCUGAUUCAGCACGGGUCACUGGUAAUGAAGGGAAUAUUGAUCAGGCCACAUGUAGCAUAUUAUCGUCCUAAACACCAGUUUGCAUAUAUUCUAGAGUUUUGAUUAUCUACUUUUUGUAUAUCCUGGAUGAUUAUUUCUCACUUGCCAGCCUUGAAUGAAGAUAAACUCAUCUGAGAAAAUGUAGUUUUAGAAUUGACAGUUUGGCCAAGUGAAGUGCAUGCUUGUACAAAAGCCAAAGUAUUGGCAUCAUAUUAGUUUAUGAUAACCCUGAGAUUCAUAUAUUUCAUGUUAAAUAUCGACUUUUUUUAAAGUUGGUAUUUUUUGUUUGAUAUUAAACUAAAGCUUUUAGUUUACCCUCUA